AAGUCUCCACUGAAUGGAAAAGUGCUUCAAGGAAAAAGGCAAGGGAGAACAAACAACUCUCAGAGCUUGAAGAAGAAAUUCUUACAAUAACAGGUCGGGGUGCUGUCAGUGGUUUGGAUGUAAGAGAACUGGGAACUGAAACAACUGAAACAGAAGAUAAGUUGCCCGAGAAGGAAAAAAAUCAGAGUGGCCCUUCGAAAGUCAAGUGCUUAGAUAAAGUAGUUGGACAUUCCAGUGAUGAAGCCAAGGAUAAAGCUUCAUCUAGUAAGAGUAAGCCAAAAAAUGUUCACAAGGAGAACAAUCCCAAAGACAAGGACUACAAAAAUGACCUAUGAACAAUAUGAGAUGUAUAUAGAUGAUUUGGGGAAAAAAGAAAAGAACUUUAGUCAACUAUGUGAACAUCUUAAUGCAGUACCUGGCGGCUCUAGAAAAAAUUUACGUGAGUGGCAAGAGGCAUUUUCAAAUUGGCAAAGAGCUGUUAAAAAUAAAGCACGAGCGAUUUAUGUUAGUCAACACCUCACAGGCGGUGGAUUUCCCAUACCCAAAAUAUUAACUGUUUUGGAGGAAAAGCUUUUGUGUAUUAUAGGUAUUCUGUGCAUUCAUGGCAUGUUAGUACCUGAAUUAGGAUUUGAAAAUCCGAAUCCAUCAAGAAACGUUAUUAAAAAAAAGAGAUCUCCAAAGAAAACCGUAGUACACCAAAUCAAGAAGUCAAAUAUUAGAUAAACAAAAUUACAAAGAAAAUCCUUUCUUCCUUAAAAUAUAAUGUAAAAAUGGUAAAAAUGAAAUUAAAAUUACUUGUUGAAUCAGUUUGGAAGCUGGCAUAUGCAAUAAAAAGAUUACUAAAAUUAUUGUUAUAGAGUAAGUUCAGUUUAUAGUAUUAAGUAUGUAUUAUUUUUAAAUAAAAAUAAAAAAGUACCUGAAGAUCUU